CAAUCCAGGGCUCCAGGUAUUAAGGUAGAAGCAUAUCAUGGAUCAAAGAAAGAAAAAGAGCGAUCUCUAGCGAAGAUCAGAAGAAAAGGGGGGAUUCUUCUGACUUCUUAUGGAUUGAUUGUUACUAGCUGGGAGGUGAUGAGCCAGCAGGAUGGAAGACCUUUCAAAUGGGAUUACCUUAUCCUGGAUGAAGGUCACAAGAUAAAAAAUCCUACCAAGACAACUAAGGGAGUCCAUCAGAUCCCAGCCAGUCACAGAAUUCUCCUGACUGGUACCCCCAUACAGAACAACCUCAGGGAGAUGUGGUCCUUGUUUGAUUUUGUACAUCAAGGGACAUUACUGGGGACGGCAAGGACCUUCAAGAUGGAGUUUGACACUCCAAUAACCAGGGCCAGGGAGAGAGACGCCACUGCUAACGAGAGAAAACUAGGGAUGGAGAUGGCUGAGAGCCUGAAACAGAUUAUCUCCCCUUACUUCUUACGGAGAACGAAGGCCGAGGUGAUCGACAAGGAGGAGAAGGGGGAACUAGACGUGUCGUCUUCUACCAAGAGUCUGAAGAUGCCAUCAAUGACAAGGAAGAACGACCUGAUUUUGUGGCUAUUCCUGACACCUGACCAACAGAGGAUCUACAGCGACUUCUUAUCCUUGGACUCUGUUAAAGAGCUACUGAUGACAAAGAAAUCUCCCUUGGUGGCUCUGACUGUGUUGAAGAAGAUCUGUGACCAUCCUCGUCUCUUGUCACGGAGAGCGUGUGCUCAGCUUGGUUUGGAUGGAGAGCAUGCGUUAGAUGAUUCGGCCCUGGAGUCAGAGGAAGGCCACCAGUGCGCAGCCAAUCAAAUCAAGAACAUGCCAGACAAUGUCCUGAUCCAGGAGUCGGGGAAACUGAUCGUCAUUAUGGAUUUACUGGACCAGAUGAAGCGGGAGGGACAUCGCUGUCUCGUCUUCUCUCAGUCCAGAAAGAUGCUGGACAUCAUCCAACAGCUCAUCUCCAACAGGGGACACAAGGUCAUGCGGCUGGAUGGCACCAUAACUCAGCUGAGCGAGAGAGACAGGAGAAUCGCCACAUUCCAGGAGGAUAUGAGCUACUCCGUGUUCCUCCUCACAACUCAGGUUGGAGGCGUAGGUCUGACUUUGACAGCUGCUGAUCGAGUCAUCAUAUAUGAUCCUAGCUGGAACCCUGCCACUGAUGCCCAGGCUGUGGACCGUGUCUUCAGGAUUGGUCAGGAUAAAAAUGUCGUCAUCUACCGCCUCAUUACGUGUGGCACAGUGGAGGAGAAAAUCUACCGCAGACAGAUAUUUAAAGACUCCAUCACCCGCCAGACAACCGGGAACUCCAAAAAUCCCUACAGGUACUUCACAAAGCAGGAGCUGAGAGAGUUGUUCACCCUUGACAAUCCACGGAUCUCGAAAACUCAGCAGCAGCUGGAGGAGAUGCACAGUCAUCAGAGAAAUACGGACUCAUCACUCGAUGCUCACAUCGCAUUUCUCUACUCACUCGAGAUAUUUGGUAUCAGUGACCAUGACUUGAUGUUCACUCAGGAGAAAUGCGACUUUGAAGACAACGGUGAAGCAGAGGUGGAACAUGGAGAUGACUACAUACAACACAGGGUACAAAAGGCAAAGGAGUUGCUUCAGAUGGAGUCGGAUUUAACACAGGAUUUUGAACAGAGAACCGGGAAAUACCAGAGAAAUGUUCCAGCUGGGCCAGAGGAUGCUGGGUCCCAGAAACCAUUCUCUCGCCCCUGGUCUGACUGGAAUCCAGGGACGGUCAACACUCAGGAGGAGGAUGUCAAGGACGUACAAGAGAUAGACUUGGAUGCUGAGAACGUUGAUGAUGAUGAUGACGAAGAAGAGGAAGACAAUUAUGUUAGAGAAGUGAAGGCUGAAGUAUUGGAGACCAGUCAUAUUGACCUUGUGACCCCAGAGCCCACCCCCGUCAAGGGCAGCAAUAUGGUGGUGGAUCUGACUGCCACCACACCAGGAAUCAUAGUAAAGACAAAGCCAGAAUUAAACAAGACUGACAUCAAAAUGGAAUCUGAACAAACUGAAAUAAAGACUGAAGUAUUGAGUCCAGGACAACAUAUAGAAGAGACCGCAGAAUCAGAGGAGGAGGUUCAAACCAUUGAACAUUUAGGAAAUCUUUCUAUUAGGGCUAGUCCCAAAAGGACCUCUUUGGAUAGAGACAGUAUGUUAGAGCCUGAUUCAAAUGAUAGGGAAAGUAACACUUCCAGUAAUGGAGGCAUGGUUUCAAAAAGCCGAGAUGAAGAUGUAAUGCAGGAAGAUGAAAAUCUGGAAGAUGUAGAAGAAGAGGAGGAUACGGAGAAGACAGGUGAUGCUCUGUCAAAUGAAUCUGAGAGUGACAAAAUGGAGGAAUCUAUAAUCGAUUCGGAGGAUGAAGAAAACAAAGAAAAUGUUCCUCUUUCACAAAUAAUAGCUUCAGCCAAGAGAUCAUCAGAUGUGUUCAAACUUAACAGAUCAACAGAUGGACAGGCGAGGUCUCCUCUAGCUCCCAUCCUCAUUUCUCCAGCAGUCACGGACUCUCCUGCUAAGAAGAAGGCAAGAAGAAGUGUGUCUCAAAGUCCCUGGUUGAAACAACCCCACGAGAAAAAGGUGGAAAAUACUGUGAGAGAAGAGGAGGUUUUUAUAUCCCCUGAUAGGUUCCGACCUCUGAUGGGAACAAAAUCAAAGGACAAUGCCAAUUUGCUCAAAAGUAGAAGUAACUUGAAUUCUACGAUUUUAUCGGCUUUCUCUGACAGUCCUCAGCCCGGUGAUUCACCUCUUGGAAGGAAAGGGACAUCAGAAUUGGAAAGGAAGAGGAUUGGCUCUAAGCUUCAGCAAACAUUAAUGGAGGAAUCCCCUAAUCAAAGUGGUGCUUUUUCUAGACUUCAGGAAAGUUUUGUGCCAAAUUCUUUACAGAAUACACCUGAUGUUAGCUCGUCUGCCAAGGACAUAUCUGAACAGGACAAUAUAGCCAUAGAAGAGACUGAUGAAGAAUCAUCGCCUGCCAAAUACAUGUCUAUUUCCAAGUCAGAGAGUGCUGUUGAAGACAGCAUACUGAGUGAUGAGGAGAAACACUUGAGUGACUCAGAUGAUUUUGAGCCUGCGAAUAACCAAUCAAAAAUAGGAAUAGAAUCAGAUGACGAUUUGCCAACAUUUUCUGUCAAGAAGAAAUCUGUGAAAAAGGCUGUAAUUGGGAGUGAUUCUGAAAGUGACACUAGUGAUGUGAACCCUGAGGAGGAGGCAGAGAGAAGUGUUAGCAGAGAGAACAGUAACAAAAGGAAGUCGCCCGAGUCUAACAGCCUGCAGUCUAAGUACGUCAUGCUGUCCAGCUCUGACAAUGAACAGUCUGAGAACCAGGAGGAGCUGAGAAGUGAGGAGUCGGGGAUCGAUGAGGGCUCAGAGGAGGGAGAGGAGGAGUCUUUAGAUAAAGGAUCAGAGGAGGAGUCUAUAGAUGUAGAUAUUGAUAGUGAAGAUGAAGGUUUGUAUGAUGAAUCCAUCAUG